AUGGAAGACAGGUUCUCCAAGAGUAGUCACCCAUCAACAGUAACCUAUGAAAAGCAUUGCAUCUUCAGGCUUUCUAGGAGGCUCAACAACAUAAACGGUAAGUCACUCGAUCCCCAGGUGGUCGCCCUCGGCCUCGGGCCAUACCACCACGGCAAGCCUCAGCUCCAGAAUAUGGAGGAGCUCAAGUGGCGGUGGCUCGCCUCCUUUAUGGAGAGUAAAAAGGGAAAAUUAGAGGAGUGCUUGAUACAAUUACGUCCACUUGAAAAGGAAGUCAGGGAGUGUUAUUCCGAAACCAUCAAGCUUAGUGCCGAUGAGCUCCUUCAAAUGAUGGUCGUUGAUGGUUGUUUUAUAUUAAUGUUGUUUAUCAGCGCUAGAGUAAAUCUAGAUCUAGGUAAAGCGUACAUGGACCUCAAACUUAUAUACGAGCUAGAUAUGGUAAUAUUACCCAAGAUAUACAGGGACUUGCUCCUGCUUGAGAAUCAGAUCCCAUCUUGUGUUCUCAAGACGUUAUAUAAAAUUUGCAUUAGAUCUAAGUCCUUGUUUGUUAUCGCCACCAAAUUUUUUAGGUCCAUAUCUGUCAUCCCAGAAUUCACAAACAUACUUGAUUCGCUCGAAUGGUUGCAUUUGCUGGACCUUGUUCGGAUGAUAUUUAUCUCACGUCGUCAUAAUAAAGAAAUUCGGAGAACAGACGAUUAUGGACCAUUCAAUCUAAUUCCCUGUGUCACAAAGCUACGCCGUGCAGGGAUUAAGGUCAAUCGGCAUAUGGCGGACAGCUUCUUGGAUGUGAAAUUCAACAACGGUGUGAUUGAAAUGCCCGAUAUAAAUCUCAACAACAAAAUGUGCUCGUUGCUAGUGAACUGCGUGGCAUUCGAGCAAUACUCGUGCAACAUUUUCAAACAUUUUUCGAUUUACGCUAUGUUGCUGGACUGCCUUGUCAACACUGCUAGGGACGUCGACCACCUUUAUGACCGUCACGUCAUUGACAAUUUCUUUGGGACCGACGCCGAGACUGCGCAAUUCAUCAAUAACUUGGGCAAGGACUUGAUCAUAAAUAAAGAUCACAGUCAUGAUAACGAUAACUCUUUUUUGUUGGAGCUUUUUGGAGAUGUAAACAAGUAUUAUCAGAAACGGAUGAAUAAUUGGGGCAAUUGGCAGUGGACAAGUGAGCACGAGUAUUUUGGAAAGCCAUGGUUGUUGAUUUCGGCAUUUGUUGGGUUUGUGCUCCUAGUGCUUACAUUUUUGCAGACCUUCUACACCAUGUAUGCCUAUGUGCAUCCUAAAAACUAA